AUGGCUAUAACAUUUAAUUACAACAAUGAUGAAAUUGUUUCAUCACCAACAGUAAUAAUCAAUGGUAGAACAUCCACUGGAAUAUCAAGGGGUAUAAUUUCCUUCACAAACAAUGACAACAAAGUCUUUCCUCCCCAACAUUUUGAAGUGAAUACCAAUGGGAACUUCAAAGCAGUUGUCCAUGUCUCGCCUGGCGAAAGUAAUAAAUUCAAGGUAGAAGUUGCUGAUAAUGGUCGUAUUUCACCCUAUGGGUUCCCUGAAUAUGAUGGUGGUCGUGGUCCAAGAAUUGUUGACUCUGGGAGUUUAACCUUAACUUUUAAUCCUCUUCCUCAAAAUAAACCAGUUCAUUUAUGUUUAAUAAGAGGAAAAGAUUCAAGAAACACGUAUGAUAUGCCUAAAUAUAAGUUACAAAGAGGAGAAAUUCCUUCUUUAGAAAUGGCAAUCAAGAAAAUGAAAGUUAUGGGAAGAAUAAUGCAAGCAUUUACCCAAGAAGAAAUGAGAACUUUUGGAUUAAGCAACCGUUCAUUCCAAUUCGUUGAAGAAACUGUCAGUCAUCAAGGAAUAUUUGGAUAUGAUGUCCAUUCACCUACUCCUCAUCAAGAAGUUAAAAUUCAUGUCUUGACUUCAGAUAAAACUGUUGCAGAAUUAAGAGAUCCAGAUUAUGCCCAACAAAACCCAAAAGCCAAACAAGGAGGUUGGCUUUUCGGGCAUGCAGUGGAAUUAAUUAAACGUACUCCGGAAAUAUAUAAUGGAGGUAGAGAUACUGCUGUUCAAUGUGCAUGUAUAUAUUUGGAUUCUACAUUUGAUACCAAAAUGGAUUUGAUCUUAACUCAUACAGCAUUAGGAGGUGGUACUGGGGAAGUACAAUUAGGAAUAUUUGGUUCUCAUGGUUUACAUUCCUGGCCUCAUAAUUUCCCAUCAAUAACCCCUUGUUUCUUAGAUAGCACCCCGUUAUCCAAGAAAGAAGUUGCCAAUGAUUGUAAUGAAUGCGGAACUAGUUGGGAAUGUUUGAAUAUUACCUUUGGGGCGUUUUUCCACGAAGUGGGACAUCUGCUUGGAUGUCCACAUCAAGUCAAUGGGAUGAUGUUGAGGGAUUAUGUUCGGUUUAAUAGAUCGGUCAUGACUCGUGAAUUAGAAUGUAAAAGAACUGGAUCUAGCGGGAAACAAAUUGGAGCAGAUGGGAAAUGGCCUGAAGAAUGUCAUUGGCAUAAAUUGGAUCUAAUAAGAUUUUUUUAUCAUGAUUGUUUUAGUUUACCUAUUGAUCAAUUUCCAAAGAUAUUUGAAAGUACGAUUCGUCCAAAUCGGGAGUAUCCCGAUAAUCAAACUCCUUCUCUGAGUGUCAUUUCCCUGAAUAGUAUUGUUAUUAAAUCAAAUGCCGGGAUUUUCUUGGUCGAAGUAAUUACUGAUGGUUUGGCAAGAUAUCAUCGAGCAUGGUAUCCACCCGCAUAUGGAGGAGGACCACUUCCAAAACAGCUAACUAUUAACUAUGAUGAAUACUUAAAUGAGCUUAGACGUGCAGAUAGUGGUGCCGCAAGAGAAGAUUAUGAUAUUCGAAUUUUAUCACUUGGCCAGGAUCUCUAUAUUAAUAAUCUUAAAGAAACCAUUUCCAAAAAGCGAAGUGAUGUCAUUAAGGGUGAUUUUGGAUUAAAUAGAGGUACUAUAAUCGGUUUCAAGAGUGAUUUGUUAGGUCAAUCUAAAGAUAAACAAAUGCAAAUUGCUGGAUUUAAUCUUGAAUCAGUCUAUAAAGUUAGAAUUUAUCACGGAGGUGCGUUAGAUGGUGUGAAGUUUUAUUUCCGAUUAGGAGGUGGAGCACCAGCACCACAAGUUAAACAAGGUGGUAAAACGCCUCCUGUACCUCCAAGAAACUACUUGAGUUCAUUUGUUGAUAAAAUGAAAAAGCUUGAUGUUUCUGGAGAUAGAUCGUCAUCACCAUCAAACGGUGGUGUGGAAAGAACCAGUCUCGUGGGUCAUGAGAAAUCUGAUUAUAGCGAAUAUGUUGUGAAUCCUGGCGAGUACAUAACCAAAUUUAUCCUUAGAAAUGGUGCGUGGGUAGAUGCGAUUCAAUUUGAAACCAAUAAGGGAACACGUUCCCCUAUGUUUGGAAAUGCAGGUGGAGGUCAUGAAUCAGUUCUUGAAGCACCUAGUGAUCGUCAUAGAAUUGUGGGGAUGUAUUUCUAUUUAGGUGAUUGGCUUGACGGUUUAGGAGCAAUUUUUGAGGAGCUAUAG